ACGAUAAACCUUUUGAAAAAUCUAGAAGAACUGGUGCUAACUAUACCAGGACUCUCAAUGUUAAUCUGUUAUCAAAUAAAAACAAAUUCAAAUUCAAUCCUAUUGACAAGAAAGAAAAAUUAUUAAAUAAAAAACUUAACGCAAAAAAUAUAACAGUAAACAUAAAACAAAUAGUAGAAACACUGAAAAGUAAAUCAAUUUCCAAAGUUAUAAUUUUAUUAAAAAAUAAUAACAAUAAUUUGAACAAAGAUCAAAUUACUGAAGAAAUGACAGGUGUGGAAGAAAAUGAAGAAAACAAAAAAUUAAAUGAAAAUCAAGAAAAUAAUAAUACAAUUGGUUGGACAAAAGUAGUAAAGAAUAAAAAUAAAGGAAAAGGUAAAGAAAAAGAAUUACCUAAUGAAGACAAUACAAAUGAAUAA